AAUGAACUGACAGCUUAGCGAAUGACUAUGAGGUUCAGUUAAGUUUUUACCGUGCACCUAUCCGAGGACCGACCACUUGACAGAAGCACAUACGGGGGAGGUCGAACAUCGCCAAACUCGUGUAGAAACCAUAUGCGAGUGGCUUUUUUUUUGUCUCUCUCGAAAGAUGACUCUUCGGUUGCUGUUUCAGCAGAUGUAACUCAACCUCACAGUACUCGGAAACCAUCAUUCGCCCUCUUUCGUCAAGCAUCAUCUACCAAGCUGUUUUUCAUCUCUUUUACUGUUAUUGUUUCGUCAUGUCCUAGAUAUCGCUUUUAUGUGUAUUUUGACCGUGACUUUUUUGUCCUGUCCCGUCUAUUAGAGGGGGCAGGUCGGUGCACAUAAUUGCAGCUACAGUUCGGUUUCAGACGAUACGGUUAUUGCAAGGCAGCCAGAAGAAGACGGUCUACAACAGACAUUUGCUUAUUUCCGCUUUGGUACACAGCCCCCGCGCAGGACUAUUUGCAUGCUUAGCCCAGCAAAAUCAGAGUUGAGCUAGCUUUGACAACUGGAGGUAACUCCGGGAGGAAGAUUCGAUCAGAGUACCAGAUCAACCCAUUGCGCGUGUAGCCACCAACAGCGAUGUUGCUGAAGGAGUACAGGAUAUGCAUGCCACUCACCGUAGAGGAGUACAGGAUCGGGCAGCUGUACAUGAUCAGCAAGCACAGCCAUGAGCAGAGUGAGCGCGGGGAGGGCGUGGAGGUGGUGCAGAACGAGCCCUUCGAGGACCCCACGCACGGCCAGGGCCAGUUCACCGAGAAACGCGUCUACCUCAACAGCAAGCUGCCCACCUGGGCGCGAGCCGUGGUGCCCAAGAUCUUCUACGUGACGGAGAAGGCCUGGAACUACUACCCAUACACCAUCACAGAGUACACAUGUUCGUUCCUGCCAAAGUUCUCCAUCCACAUAGAGACGAAAUACGAGGACAACAAAGGCUCCAACGACCACAUCUUCGACACGGAGGGCAAGGACCAGGACCAGGAGAGGGAGGUGUGUUUCGUCGACAUCGCCUACGAUGAGAUUCCCGAGCGAUACUACAAGGAGUCUGAGGACCUGCGCUACUUCCGCUCGGAGAAGACGUCGCGGGGCGUGCUGCCCGAGGGCUGGCGGGACACUCAGGAGCCCAUCAUGUGCUCCUACAAGCUGGUCACCGUCAAGUUCGAGGUGUGGGGCCUGCAGACGCGCGUCGAGCAGUUCGUGCACAAGGUGAUCCGAGAUGUUCUCCUGCUGGGCCACCGACAAGCCUUCGCCUGGGUGGACGAGUGGAUUGACAUGACGAUGGAUGAGGUGAGAGAGUUCGAGCGCACCAUCCAGGCGGAGACCAACCAGAAGAUCGGGGUGUUCCCGCCGUCCAUCUCCAUCGGCGAGACGCCCCUGUCCUCCCUGGCCCCCACCGGCCCCGCCAGCGCCCCCUCCACCCCGCUCUGCACCGACGCCCCCGACUUCCUGUCCAUCCCCAAGGACCGGCCCCGCAAGAAGUCCGCCCCGGAGACGCUCACCCUGCCCCAGCCGUCCUCCGCCCACGACGACGACGACGCCUCUCCGUCCACCCCCGGCCCGGCCACCGCCCCCAUCUCCAACCACGCCCCCUGGAGCUCGGAGGCCGCGCAGAUGGAGUGAUGUCCCUCGUUUGCUGCCUACAGCCCCCCCCCACCACCACAACCACACACACACACACACACACACACACACACACACACACACACAUACGCACUUCUGCUUCUGCUUCUACAUCUACCUUCCCCCUGCACACACACACUCACACACUUCUGCAUCCACCUUCUCCCUCGUCACACACACACACACUCACACACACACUCUAGACACACCCUUCACCUCUGGCCUCCCGCCCACUCGCCGACAACAUCUGCAUCUCCUCCCUCUUCUUCCUCACGUUUCUUUGGCACAGCUCGACCAGACCCCCCCCCCCCCCGCUCCGGUUCCCGCGCCACCCUCUCCAGUCAUCGUCCAGUCUCUGCCGCUCACGCCGUCAGUCUGUCUCCUCCGCCAGGACUCCCCAAACCCCACCGCUUGAUGCCGCUGGAGGGCACCACCACCACCACGUGUGGGACUUGGAGGGUAGCGAAGUCCUCCCCCGGACGGCCCACUCCGUCUCUCCCAACCCCGCAUGAUUGGUCAUCUCUGGAUUCCAGCCGGUGGCGAGCUAGACCACAUCCUCGACCCAACAAAGAGAAUAUGCAUUCAUUUAAUCGUGUGUGUGUGUGUGUGUGUGUGUGUGUUUGUCAGUCUACUCUGUGCACCAGUUAUAAAACAAUGUGUCCAUGUCCUCUCUGUUAAUCCCAAGACUUUGCAAAAGCCAGACACAAGUUACCAGUUAUUCACCUUCUCCUGUCUUUUUUUCCCAGGAGUUUCGCAUAGACAAGCUUCCAUUUGCGUAGCCAUACAACCUGUGGCCUAAGUCACGCUGCCUUGGCAGCACAGAUGUAGAUAUUCUUAGCAACACUGCUGAUGGUUUUGAAAUGUCAUUGCAGUGUGUGUGCGUGUGUGUGUGUGUGUGUGUUGCUAUGACCACAGCACCGCGUAGGACGGAAGCUCGGAAACUGAAGCGAAGCGACUUAGCUCCGGUUGGCUCGGUGCGUCUCGAGUGGCGUCGGGAUCCGCCUAUCGAAAUCGUCGCUAUUGUCCUGUAGGUCUGCACAUGCAUUGCAUGUGUUCUCAGUGUCUCUCAAAAGUUAGACAAAAAUCUCGACCAAUCAGAGAAGAGAGCAUGAGAAAGGCGGAGUUAAUGUUCUCAGGUCCCGCCCUUUUUUUUGAUAACACAGGGCAGGAUAUGGACUUCUUCCCGAUCCCUGCUUUUGCUAAAUAUCUACCUGUACAGCUUUCUCUACGUUAACAAAAGCUCUUGAUAAUCCAACCAAGUUUACACACCAGUAGAUCUAUAGCCACGGGGGGGAGAGGGAAAACUGCAUCAGAGAAGGAAUCUGACGAAUGGUGUUUUAUUUUGAGAAAUAUGGCUCCAAACUUUUUGCCAACAUAUGGAGAGUUGUCAAGUCAAGUCAGUGUACAGCAGGGUAGAGUUGAUGUCUCAGACAGACGUUAGGUGCCAGGGGGUGGCUGAAUAGCAUUUAACGUGGCAUUCCUGGAUAGCCGUGCUUUUGCCACCAUGGCUCUUAAAUCUGAACAGAAGCCGUAUGAAGUCUGUGAGAUCGACCCUCACAUACCAUACAUUUAAUAUCGCUCAGCCAUUGGACUGUUCAUACACAAGAUCUAUGGAUAUACUGUAUGUACACAUCCAAUAUGUGUGUGUGUGUGUAUGUGUGUAUAUAUAUAUAUAUAUACACACACAUACAUAUACAUGCACACACACACAUAUACAUACAUGCACACAUGUAUGACUGGACGGCCAGAGUGCAAACCAGAGUGCAUUGGAUGUUCAAUUGAUGUCUUUACUCAUGGAGUGGACAGGGCAGUAGACCAACUGCCUGACCUUUACAUUCGUGGAGGUCACUUCGAAACAUGCCUUAUGCGCCUGGUCUAUUCAUCAGUAUACUCUGAAUGCUGAAUAGGAUUUGCUUAACCAGUCCAGGUGCACAGCAUUUAAAUGGUGUAAACAACAGCAACAACAACAACAACAACAACAACAACAACAACAACAACACUGUUGUCGUGCCAACUCUACUGUUAGACACAGGGGAGGAAGGGACAGGGUUUUGAUUUGAUUUGUGAAGAGAUCAUCUCCUGGGUUUUAGACGUGCCAACUAUACUGUUACACACAAGGGAGGAGGUGACAGGGUUUGGAUUAUGAUUUGUGAAGAGUUCCUCUCUUGGGUUGCACUUGUUGAGGUAACUUUGAUAAACUGCUCUUUGUCUUUGAAGAUUUGCCAUCGUUUCAGAAGGGGGGGGGGGGACCUUAAAGCCGCAUGGAAUGUUCUCCAACAUAUGUACGUAUAGGGAGUAUAUAUGGGUCUAUAGAGGCAGAAUAGGAGGUGGAAGAGUUGAAUGUGACUUAAUAGGUUGUAGUUAUUUGCCAUAUGAUAAAUAUGAGUCUCCAAUCAAAAACUGAGCAUGCUCGGAGAAAAUAACCCACCCAGUGCCUCUGCAUGUGAAAAGUGUAUCUUCUAGUCUGUAUACCAAAACCUCCUGCAAACAGUAUUUAAAAAUGAAACCAUGAAGGAAGUUCUGUCUUCUGUGACGUGUUUUUAAUUUGCCUCGCUUGUGAAGGAGUCAAGUUAGACAUCUUCUUCAAUUUGACAUAUCAGAUCAUUGGAUCAGCUGUGUAAUAGCCUAAUGUGCUUUCAAUGAAAUGCUUUUCUGUAAAUCUGAGCACAAACAGUCCAUUCGAAGUUAGGGGUUGUGAAUUGAUAUUUCCCCUUUUUGGCAAUCACUGUUCUAUUCAUUUUUUCCUCCCAAAUAACGUGAGACUAGAGAAAGACAACCGUUGAAGAGUGGACUGUAGCUAGUGCACUCAACGCUUUUAACAAUCAGGUGUUCUUUUUUGUAGUUUGUUGGUAGUCAUUUAUCCUUCUUUCAAUUGGAGCCUGACCAUAAAUGAAACACAACCUUUUUCAGACCUUAAGGGAAGAUCCUGAAAUACUUUGCUUUCUGACCAAAAUGUUAUCAAAGGACAUGCGUCCUAGUUUGACUAUAAAACAAUGUAAAGCCAUGCUCCCCCUUCGGUGCACAAUUGUGUGUAGUUCACCUCAGAUGCUUUCCACCACUAAUGGACCAGGGCCUAAUGGAUCCAUUCAGAUAUCCUACCUUAUACAUUCACAUUGUCCGCAAGGAGGACUCACAGUCUUUUGUUGGUACUCCUUUGGAUUAUACACAGCCCAGCCUAGCCAGUGGAUUUUCAUGACGUUUACCAAAAUCCCAGGGAUUCGUGUCAUUGUUUUUUGAUUUUUUUUUUUUUUUCCCAGUGGUUGUGCUAACUCCUGAGUUAUAAAGAGUAAAUUGUAAAUAGCCUUUGUACAGAUCUCCUCUGGUUUUAGACUUCCUAUUAUUUAUCUAAAAGGAAAUGAAAGUUGUUAGCAUAGAGACUUGGGUCUCUAUCACAUGGGGGGGGUCUCUGCUACUUUGAAUUAUUCCAGUUUGUUUAAAAUGCUGUAACAUAAUCAGUUCAACAUAUCCUUUUUGCUAUAGUAUGAUUUUUUUUGCCUCAAACAUCAGUUUGUUCAGUCAUUGUUCAGUCGUUUAAGUAGUUUCUAUUAGUUUCUCACCUGAUCUUGUGUUGGGGUAUUUCUUUCAACUUUGAUAUGGUCCAAGGAUAUUUUGUUUGUUAAAAAAAAAAUUACGCAACGCAUUUUAUAUUCUUUAGUUGUUCUGUUACAGUGGAAGCAUUGAUGUUUUUUAAAUCUGAAGGUGAAGCUCCUUGUUUUUGUUACUUAUACUUACUUACUUAUAAGUAGCACCUUGAGUUGUUUUGUUAUGGCUGUAUUUUCUAUUGGAACCCAUUUGCUCAGAAGGACCAAGCCUUUGUGUCACUUUACGUGCAGGUGGUAGACAUGCUGUUAUUUUUGUGGUUGCUAAGUGCCAUCCUCUCUCAGCUGCUGAAAUUUGCUCUGGGUUCUUCCACUCUGGUAUAUUUGUAUUGCCCUUGGAUAUAUUUUGUUUGUUUUAGUUGUAAUUAAUGUUUUACUUUUUUCUUAAAUCUUGUAGCAAAUAAAAGUUUACUUGCUAUUUAAAA